AUGGAUGCGUUGCGUGACUUAUUGAACGGAGGUGCUCAUGACUGGAUUGAACAUUUGAAGUUGCUGCUGCUGGUUUAUGACGACAUCGUUGCCCUACUAUGGCCGGGGGGUCGAUGUCCUCCUCACCAACUUGCCCUGUUAUCAAGCAACCGCAGCCCAUCAAUCCUAAAAAAUUCCCUUUCUUCAGACUCAUCUCGGAGGAUAUCUUCAUUAACGUAUUUGUGCGCCUGGAGCUACCGGCGUAUCGAUCCUGCAUGUCACGGACCACCAGUUCAUAAUGUGCUUGAGGAAACACACGGGAAAAGUGAGGUUUAUUGUUACGCGAAUAACAAAGGAGCGCAUCUUGCGAAAGGUUCUUGGAGUCUGACGCGCGAACAGGGCAACAAGUUGCUGGCAAGCAGGUUUCGAGAGGAUAGCCUAUUCAUCUGCGAUUGGCCAGGAUGCUGUCAUCAGGGAGAGAAACGAGUUUACAAACUUUUUCGAGGCAUUUUCAAGAACUUCAAGCAGUCUCACGUGUGGAGAAAUCUCAAGGAUCAGGGAUGCAGGCACACGGACCUUUCCUGUGCUUUCUGUGCUUCACAGAAGACAUUUGACAUCGUGACCAGUUUCUGCUUAUGCCGUUCUUUUGAAUAUUAUGAAGAUGGUGAACCUGUGAUUCGAGCGUAUGUCUGCGAAAAUGGUCAUGUGGCGGGUGCGUGGACCGAUCGCCCUUUGUACAACCUAUGACGUUCUGAGAGAAGUCCUCCUCCUACACUGUAAGAUCUAUGCAUUCGAUGUGGAGCUGAAGCUGAGACUGCUGCACAUCCUCAUUUUCAUAUAUCGCACACGGCUUGAGCACAUCUGACAUCUCCACAAUCCAUAUUUCGAAACUUUCGUUCCGAAGGAUGAUAUUGGAAACGUUGAAUGCACAUGUUGGGAUGAAAGUUCUGGGAGCACAUCGAUGCUCAGAACUAAAAUGCAGUAGAAGAAUGUCAGUACCUGACUUCACGGUUACUAUCGACUGCACGCUCCCGAUCCUGGAAGACUCACAUCUAUUUUGGUGUAGCCAAGAGUGGCGGUGAAGGAUAAACCGAUGAACACUUUCUAUCGGUUUCUUGAAGCUAUUUCAGGUUCCAGAUAUUGAUACAAUCUCAAUUGAAGUGGGAUGUUGCCGUUGAUUAUUGAUUCGGGGCAAACUGCGAAAUUCUUUUCUGUUCUUUCUUGCAAAUCUCCCUAUUUCUUAAUUUAUAUUAAUUGAGUUUUUCUCGCCCAGAAUCGAGCGGUACGAACAAUGUGGUUAAAACAUUUGAGAGUUUUAGCUCAAACUCAACCAGGCUGUAUCUCUCGUAUGAAUUAGUGAGUAUAAAUCUCAAUACACAGCGAAGUGGAGAGGAGAGGAUGUGGUAUGCGUGUUUGGUUGCUCUGGUUUUCCGCAGCGUGUCCAUGGAAAAUUGGCAACUAGUGCGCAUCAUCCCGACAUGCAACAGUACCCACAAGGUCGUAUUCUGCACUGAAGCCAGCUAGCAGAACAUCGACCUUGUUUGUCAGAGGUCUGGAUCCUCCAACAUUUUCAGCGUUUACAGGUCAUAUAGACAUGGAUUCGCUGCUUGUAGCGUGAGCAUCAGGAGGACGUGCCGGAAUUCGGACUACGAAGCGCACAACAAACGCGUAUUUUCUAUGAAAGCCUUCACAGUUUUCAGCACUUCGGAGGAUGUCCAGAGUCCGAUUAGGAAGAUCUCACAUCGACAGCCAUUUCAUGAUUAUUUGAGGGCGUCACAGAAGUAAAUGGAGCGUGACUAGCAUAGACGAGGAACAAGCUUCGAUGAAACAGUAAGUCGAAGUGUCACAAAGUUGAGCAGCCUUAUUAUCACGCCCGUGCAGGUUGCAAGCACCAUAGUUCCUGAACGCUAGGUCAAGCAGGAGCAAGACUCUGGAAACUAUACACAGUGUUGUGCCAUAGACGAUUCGACCUCAUCGACUAGCAACUUGAAGCAUAAAGCAUAAAGCAUAUAUCUGCAAUAAUUGGGAUUAAGAGAUAUGAAACUUCUUUUUAUUUAUUUAUUAUGGGUUUUUUUUCUUUUUGUAA